ACCGGACUUGUUUACUCCAUGAUAUUCCUUGCCCGGGUCGCCAUAUAAAUCCCCGCCCUUCCCCACCAUAUCUUCACGCAAAACGUCGUUCAUCCUCACCUUGUACACGCGCGGAGCAUUCUCCAUUAGAGCGGAUUAAGCUCGGCACCAACGAACUCUAGACUCUAGCGAUGGCAGACGCGACGGCGCCGCGGCCGCUGCUCCGCCGCGUGCUCUCGUUCCGGGAGCCGCUGCUGCUCGUCCCGCACCUCGUCGUCUUCCUCGGCACCUUCGCGUCCGCCUUCUUCCACAGCUACGCCUCCUUCCUCCAGUCCUUCGCCAGGUCCAUCGUCGUCCCGUCGCCGGCCGCCUGCGCCAAGUGCGCGUACGCGACGUCGUCGGCGCCGUGCUGCGAGGACGUUGAUGUCGAAGAGGAGGAGGACGAGGAGCUGAGGAAGGAGGAGGUGGAGGCGAUCAUGGCCAGGAUCGGGCUGGGAGUGGCCGGCGCCGGCGAGGGGCUGAGGGCCAGCAUGGGCCACAACGAGGUGUCCCGGCUGUUCGACGCCGAGGAGCCGAGCUUCGCGGAGGUGCGGCGCGCGUUCGCGGUGUUCGACGGCGACGCGGACGGGUUCAUCGGCGCGACGGACCUGCAGGGCGCCCUGGCCAGGCUCGGGUUCCCGGAGGUCGACGCCGCCGCGUGCGGGGCGAUGAUCUCGUCGAGCUGCGGGUCCACGGACGGCAGGAUGAACCUGUUCCAGUUCGUCAGGUUCCUCGAGGACGGCCUCUGCUGACAGACCGAUCGGCCUCUCUUUUUUGAUCCGUUGCACGGUGCGCGGCUCAGCUGGCGCGGCAGAAGAUGGGAGUGUGUGCGUGCGUGCGUGUGCUGGUGUGGUGUUCUUUCUUGCCUUUGGAUUUUUCCUUCUGCGACGCGAAGAGUUGGGGGGUGGAUGGACUGUGCAACAAAUUAACGCACUAAUGCUCGAGCUUAUUAAUGGAAUCGGACUGGUUCGCCAAUUGAUCAUAAAUAAACUUGGCGAUCUCAGUUUUCUUGAUUAUCUA